AUGGCGGCCCCCUCCAAAAUGCCAGGCAUAACGCUUGCCGACGAUAAUGAAGCCAAACUUCGAGGAUUUGAACAAGAUUAUGAAGUUGGAGAGGCGCUUCGGUCAGGUAGCUUCGGCAAAGUCUUCACCACCAAGCACAAGGUUACAGAUGAGGAGUUUGCCGUCAAGAUUGUCGAUCGCACAAAGCUGAACGCAAAAGAUGACGAAAAUACGAUGAGAGAAAUCAAUAUUAUGAAGGAUCUCAUACAUGUUCCCCAUAUUGUCAAACUGGUAGAUAUCUACAUUGACCCCAAAACCUACUUUAUUGUCCAAAUCUUUGCGGAAGGAGGAGACGUCUUUGAUCGAUUGGGCAAACGAACCGCCUACACCGAGAGAGACGCUCGUGAACUCUCCACCACGCUACUACAAACACUAGAUGCAAUGCACAAGCUCAAGAUUUGUCAUCGUGAUUUGAAACCUGAAAAUUUACUAUUAAAAGGAAAAUGGGACGACGCGGGCAUUUUACUUGCCGACUUUGGUUUUGCAAAGCAUAUCCCCAACGAGGGACUAAAGACGAGAUGUGGAACACCCGCAUUUGUGGCACCUGAAAUCAUCAAGGGCCAGGUUUAUAACCAACAGGUGGACAUGUGGAGUUGCGGAUGCUUGAUUUUCAUGAUUAUCGGUGGCUACCCUCCAUUUCAAGACCAAAAUCACCGUGGAUUGUUCCGAAAGAUUCGAGCUGCCGAUUAUACUUUCCACAAGAAAUACUGGUCGAAUGUCAGUAUGGCCGCGAAGAAACUGAUUUCCGGUCUAUUGACGGUCAAUCCCAAAUCGCGAUUGACCUGCCAAGCAGCCCUGAACACGGAGUGGCUCGAGGUUGACGCAAUGAAACUUUCCAGCCGUGAUCUCACCACCUCCCUAUCAGAAAUCAAGUCUUUCAACGCCAGUCGAAAGUUGAAAUCCGCCAUCACUGCCGUCUUUGUGUCCGUGGCCUCAAAUUUCAGACAUGACAAGGUUAGUGAUUUGAUGAACGCCAUGGACAAGCGGGACGAGUCUUCUGGGUCCACCUAUUUCCCAGUCGACGAUUCCAAACCUGAGAAAUUCAAAAUGUCGCACAUGCACAAUAAGAAAUUUUUGGAUUUCUACGAGCUUGGUGAAAAGAUUCAUGCAGGGACAUUUGCCGUUGUAUACGAAUGCAAACACAAACGUUCCGACACCAAAUAUGCCGUCAAGGUCAUUCAGCGCGACGGAAAGCCAGAAACGGACGAAGCAGUCUUACAUGAAGUUAGUAUCAUGGCAGGACUAGACCAUCCGAAUGUUGUGGAAGUACUGGAUUUCUUUGAGGAUGACGAGAAAUACUACAUUGUAAUGGAAUUCCUUGGCGGAGGAGACGUCUUUGACCGAAUUCUGGACCGCAAGUCGUAUACGGAAUUCGACGCUCGCAACUUGGCCCGAUUUAUGCUGGAAACUGUUGCAUAUAUGCAUUCCCAAGGCAUUGCUCAUCGUGAUAUCAAACCACAAAAUUUACUUUUGGUGUCUCAUGACGACCAUGCCAGGAUCAAGGUUGCCGACUUUGGUUUUGCCAAACGUGUACACACGCCCAAGUCGCUUAUUUCCCGUUGUGGAACUCCAAGUUAUGUGGCACCCGAGAUUUUGAAUGGCAAACCAUAUGACCAAAUGUGUGAUAUGUGGAGUUGUGGCGUCGUUUUGUAUUCCUUGCUAUGCGGAUAUACACCUUUUGCGGACGACAAUCAAGAAGCCAUGUUUGCCCGCGUCAAGGCUGGCGAUUUUGAAUUUUUUGCCGAGGAAUGGUCUCACGUUUCCAAUGAUGCCAAAAAUUUGAUUCGCGGUUUGUUGAAGGUGAAUCCGGACGAACGCUUGUCAGCAGAAUUAGCAUUGGAAUCACCCUGGUUUACUCAAACCCAACACAUGUUGAGUGAACGCGAUUUGUCCCAAACCAUUGCCGAAAUUAAAAAGCGACGCCCCGGCCUUCGGGUUUUGGCCAAGGCGUUCAUGGGCUUGAGUUCCUUUCCCAAAAACAUGAAGAAAUCACUCGAAACCAUCCAGAGUCGUCCGGGCAGUCGAGCCGUCAGUCGGGCGAAUAGUAGAGCUAACAGUCGUGCCAACAGUCGAGCCAACAGUCGGAACAACAGCUACAAUGAGGGCAGUGAGAUCAAGAUUGUUUAA